AUGGAAGCAGAAGAUACUCAUUCUGAGGGAGAAAAUGUUAUGCACCAAGACUCCUUGUUUAGAGAUGAGGAGAAAAUGGAAGAAUCUGCUAAUGUGGCUUACUUGCUUACUCUUGGCAUUCUUUUGGGACUUGCUUUGAGAGAGGUGAACAAAAAAACAAAAUUCCCUUAUUCUCCAAUGGUCCUGUCUUGUGGGUUAUUGAUUGGUUUGUUGUAAAGCUCACUUGGAUAUUUAGGAGAAAGUGCAAGUAUACUAAGUCAUAUGCAUCCACAUUUAAUUGUCUAUGUUUUUAUUCCUGUGUUGCUUUUCGAAUCAGCAUUCAACUGCGAUUGGUAUGUAUUCAAAUACUAAAUGGUAAAUAUCUUACUUCUGGCAGGACCUGGAGUGGGUUGGGGUGCCAUACUUUUAGGAAUUGUAUUCAAAUUGUUCCUCUUUUAUAGUGAUGAAGACAUGAAUUGGUAUUAGGCAUUCACCCUUGGUUCAGUGCUCUCGGCCACUGAUCCUGUGGCAGUUGUUGCCUUGUUGAAGGAGUUGGGAGCCAGUGCAGCAUUCAACCACCUUAUUGAAGGAGAAGCAUUACUAAAUGAUGGAGUAGCUAUGGUCUUUUUCAUAUUCUUCAAUAAAUUAUCCAAGGCAGCUGCAGGUAUCGGAGGUGGAGUAACCUUUGGCGGAGUUAUAUUGAAUUUCUGUAGAAAUUCCAUUGUAGGUCCAGUUCUUGGAGUUGUUGUUGGAUUCUUCGGAGCAUUGUGGGCAAGAAGAAUAGUAGGAGAUGACGUUGAAGUAGGUUGGUUGACAUUUGUAUUUACUUAUCUCACUUUCUAUUGGGCUGAAUUUUGUUUCUUCAAGACUAGUGGAUUGCUUGCUGUUGUAUCAUUAGGUUUGUUUUGGAGUGCCUUUGGUAAAACUAGAAUUCGAUCAGAAAGCGAACACGCAGUUCAUACUGUUUGGAGUUUUGUUUAGUAUGCAUGUGACACCACAGUGUUUUUGUUGGUUGGAAUGAUAGUGGGAACCGAAGUUAUUGAAGAAAGAUAUAUUUAUACUUCUGAUUACUUUAGGAUGAUAGUCUUCUAUUUCUUCAUGAUCAUCUGUAGAUAUCUUAUGGUUAUAUCAUUUUGGCCGUUACUUAAGAAAUAUGGAUACCCUAUGUCCUAACCUGAAUUAAUAGUCUUCGUUUACGGAGGUUUAAGAGGUGCUUUGGGAUUGACUCUUUCUCUAAUGGUUGGAUGUGAUCCCGAUUUACCUCCAAGAUUCAGACAUUUAUCUGUGUUCUUUACUGCUGGAAUGGCUGCUCUAACGAAUCUAGUUAAUGGUACUACUUGCAAGGCACUUGUUAAUUAUCUGAAUAUGAUUGAAAAUCCUGUCAUAAAGAAGAAAGUGUAUAAACGUUAUUUGACUGACAUGAUUGUGAAUCAAGAGGACACCAUUAAGGAAUUAGAAGGCGAUGAACAUUAUGCUAUGGCUGAUUGGAAUUAAGUCAAGGCUCUCGUUGGAUCUCAGGAAUACCUUCAAGAGGUUGUCUAAUUGGAAAAUGAGAUCAAACAGAUUCAAGGUGGAAAUAUUAGCAGAAUAUCAUUCGAAGGAUUGACUGACUCAGAAACAUUUGGAGAAGUUAGAUACAGAGUCUUGAGAAUCCUCAAGGGUCUCUAUUAUUCAAAAUUUGAGCAUGGUCAAUGCGAUGAAGAUUCAGUCAGAUUGCUUGUUGAGUCUAGUGAUGUCGCUCUUGAUCACACAGGUUCCAUCCUCAACAUCUGGGAAUAAUUGUUCCAAAGUUUCACCAGUUUCAGCAGCAUCAAAUACUUUUUCAAAGCCAAAGAGUGGACCUUCUUAGGUGGAUAUGCUCAAUAGUAUAUCACCAAGCAUCUGGGAUUCGUGUAUGAUGUGACUACCACAUUCAUCUCAUGCGCUUCUGAAGUCAUCACCUUGUAAUAGCAUAUGCCCAUGAACAAGGGAGCAGUCAAAUUAAUUAUGGAUGAACUCAGGAAUGACAUCACUAAGGCUGAGAUCUAUUUGGGAAGUUUGAACGACACCUUCCCUGAAGUCAUUAGAGCCAUUCAAACCAAAAGAGCAUCCCAUACAGUUCUGAUGCAUUAAAGACACCAUCUGGAAGAGAACCAAAAAAAUGGAUUGGUCGAUGAUAAGGAAUUCAAUUCUCUUAAGGCCAAUAUUGAUGCUCGUUUAGUUGAACUUGAAAAUCAUUCCUUCGAUUGGUAAAUCCCAACCUUCCAUGCAUUCGCAAUGGAGUUCCCUAUUUUUACAGGAGUGCCCAAGGAAGAAUUGGAUACCAUUGUCAAAUCAACCUACGAAAAGAGGUAUUAAUAAGAUGAAAUUGUAUACGAAAAAGGCAUGACUUGUUAAAACAUAUACAUUGUUUAAAAAGGUACCGUAGAUGAUGAGGUUGGCACACAUAUAUUGAAAAAGGGAUUGGGCUCUUUACUUUCAUAUGCUAAUUUGAUUGGAGAUGGCAAAUGCAUGACCACUGCUAGAGCUGCAUCUGAGACUGUCUUACAUUCUCUAAAUUUGAAUGUGCUCAAGUCGUUGAUGUCGAAGUCUGAAGUAUUUGAAUAAAAAAUAUACAUAAAUUCAAUUGAAUACUUAAUCAAAUUGUUUGAAUCUUAGGCAGGUCCAUUGGCUUAGAUGGAAGCAAAGAGAUUGGGGUAGUUUUUGAGGUAGAAGACAUAGUUCAAAAAGUUUGAUGUUCAUUCUAAUGUGGAGUUUAUGUUCGGAGGGUACAUCAUAAAAGGAGAAAUCCAAAGUUGCAUCUCAGAUGAUGGCGAAGGAAUUGAAAGAUACAGAGAUUAUUGCUAUGUACCACCAAGAGAGAGUGAUUUCACCGUUAAUAAGCCUCUCAUCUGUCUAGUUUUUGAUGAUGCUAUUGAUAUCAUCAAACAAGAUAGGUUAGAACAGUUUAAUUUAGAAAAUCACGAGGAGAUUGUGGAGGAGAGAUUCUCAAGAAUAGAAGUUUAACAUCAACAAUAGGAAUUCUGA